GACUACAUUGUGUGUUGUGCAUUAUCGUUAACGUAAAAAAGUUUAAAGGCUAUAGUGACUCAUGUUUGGACUAAAUGUGCUAGAGCUUGAAGAAGUUUCAGUGCCCAAACCAAAAUGAGAGCCAGACAUGAAGCGGUGGAGGCGAGUGCGUGGACGAAGUUCAGACUGCUGAUGUGGAAGAACUUCCUCCAGCAAUGGCGGCACCCGAUACAGACGGUGGUGGAGCUGCUGCUGCCGGUGGCCACCAUGGCGCUGGUGUUGCUGCUGCGGUCCCAGAUAGAGCCGACCGAGCACGGCAUGAGGGAGUAUCCGCCCAUACCGGCAUACUCGUUGGAAUACUCGUCGAGAGUUUUGUUCAUCAUGAAUUACACCAAGAUAUCAAUAGCGUAUUCUCCAGAAAGCCCCGUACUCGAGAAUGUGAUACGCAAUGCCGUAGUCAACUUGGCUGUACGAAACCUAAUAAACCAGAUUGAGCUCCCGCCAGACUUUGAACUGCCACCCGACCUGGAGAUACCUCCAGACAUCAUAGACAACUGGAACACGACUGAAAUUAUAAACAUAGUGAAAGGCCUCGUCCGUGUCACUGCUUAUAACAGUAGCGAAGAUCUGAAGUCUAUUUAUUAUGACGAGGCUGUAAUUCGAGAAGUGCUUGCCGCUGUGGAGUUCGAUGAUAAUUUGUUACAUUCGGAGGAGCUGCCUGGUGACAUGUGGUACAAGCUGCGUUUCCCGGAGCGACCCCGACUCAACACCUUCUACGGCACCGGCGGAAGGUCUUGGAACACCGACCUGGUGUUCCCCAUAUUCGCGCUACCUGGACCCAGGUUCCCGUACUCCUAUGAGGGGGGAAAUGACCCAGGUUACGUGAACGAGAUGUUCAUAGCUCUACAGCAUGCCAUAUCGAUGGAGUUAAUCUCGCAGCUGACUGGGGAGAACCUUAGACAGUUUUCGGUGAACAUCCAAAGAUACCCACACCCGCCGUACAUAGAGGACAACGCUGUGGAGGCCCUAAUAGCUUUAUUCCCCAUGUUCAUGAUGCUAAGUUUUACUUACACAGCUGUGAAUAUCAUACGAGCUGUUACGGUCGAGAAAGAACUGCAAUUAAAGGAAACUAUGAAGAUAAUGGGUCUCCCGUCAUGGUUGCACUGGACUGCGUGGUUCUGUAAACAAUUCAUCUAUCUAUUAAUUGCGUCACUGCUACUUCUGCUCAUAUUAAAGAUAAAUUGGUUCACUACAGAAGACGGGUUUAGCGAGUACUCUGUGUUCACCAACACUCCUUCCACCGUUUUGCUGUUUUACCUGCUGCUGUACAUGUCCUGCAUGAUCUUCUUCUGUUUCAUGAUCAGUGGGUUCUUCUCGAAAGCCAGUACGGCGGCGCUGUUCGGUGGGAUCAUCUGGUUCGUAUCGUUCAUCCCGGCGAUGCUGAUGUGGAUGGAGGUGGACAUGUCGAUGUUCGUGCAGGUGCUGUGCUGUCUGAGCAUCAAUACCGCCAUGGCGCUGGGAUUCUCGCUGCUGUUUUCACAGGAGAGCUCGGGAGGCAUGCAAUGGGGCGAUUUCUUCUUCACCAACUCAGUCGACGGAGGUCGUUUAUUGUUUGGCCACGUCAUCAUCAUCCUCAUAGCGGACAGCAUUCUCUACAUGCUCAUUGCUCUGUACCUGGAGAAGGUGCUACCUGGACCCUACGGCGCGCCCAAGCCGUGGUACUUUCCCUUCCAGAAGAGUUACUGGUUUCCUACGGUCGCUCCUGAUGUGCCAGAAGAUACGACGAGGCCGGAUAGCGUCAUCAAAGAGAAUGAUCCUACGAAUCUCCCGAUAGGUGUUAAGAUGACUAAUCUAACCAAAAUAUAUGGCGCUAAUACAGUCGUAGACAAUUUGAAUUUAAACAUCUACGACAAUCAGAUCACGGUGCUGCUGGGUCAUAACGGCGCUGGCAAGUCCACCACUAUCUCCAUGUUGACUGGUAACGUGGAGGUAACCCGCGGCACGGUGACGGUCGCCGGUCAUGAUAUCACAACUCACACGAGCGCCGCGCGCGCCAACCUCGGUCUAUGCCCCCAACACAACGUGCUCUUCAACGAGCUCACAGUGAGAGAACACCUCGAGUUCUUCGCCAGACUCAAGGGAUACAAGGGAAAGCUGCUGAACGAAGAGAUCGACAAUCUCAUUGAGAGUUUGGAGCUCCAGGAAAAGAAAAACUACCAAGCGAAUGGCCUGUCCGGCGGUCAGAAGCGGCGGCUGUGCGUGGGUAUCGCGCUGAGCGGCGGCGCGCGCGUCGUGCUGCUGGACGAGCCCACCUCCGGCAUGGACCCCUCCUCGCGCCGCGCGCUCUGGGAACUGCUGCAGAAGAUCAAGGAUGGUCGUUCGAUGAUCCUUACCACUCACUUCAUGGACGAGGCGGACUUCCUCGGCGACCGGGUUGCUAUCAUGUCCUUGGGCCGGCUGCAGUGUGUGGGCUCCCCCUACUUCCUCAAGAGACACUACGGCAUCGGCUACACGCUCGUCAUAGUCAAGACUGAGGAAUUCGACGAGCUAGCCUGCACGGAGCUGAUUAGGAAAUAUAUACCAGCUACGAAUGUGUUUGAGGAUAAAGGUCGGGAGACUACAUACAAGCUACCCAAUGAAUACUCUCAUGUCUUCGAGGCCAUGCUGACUGAUCUGGAGAGCAACAUGCACACCAUCCAGUUCAAAAACUACGGGCUGAUAGCCACUACACUUGAGGACGUUUUCAUGUCAGUCGGCUCCGACAUAGAAACACCUUCGGAAUCUGAUGAAACCAUGACGAUACCGGACAGCGAAAUGGACUUCUCAGAGGCGGCGUCUAUGGAGGAAUUGAACAAGGUGAGCGAGAGCGAGCGCGGCUGGCGGUUGCUGUGGCUCCGAGCCAGCGCGGUGUGGCUGAAGCUGGGGCUGGUGUGGGUGCGCUCGUGGGGCACGCUGGCGCUGCAGGUGCUCGUGCCCAUCCUGCUCAUGAACUCCAACCUCGCUAUCACGCAGUACAUCAUCUCCUCCCAGCCCUCUGUUGUGAGCAGGCCGCUGACGCUGGCUGAAGGGUACGUAACAACAGAGACACUGCUGGGCUUCAACGGGACCGACUCCACCUCGACCGGCGCGCGGGCCAAGUCGGGGUAUGAAGCCUUGUACACCGCGGAUAUAGACUCCAUGGUGUUGACAGACGUCGGCAGUCAGAUGAUGGACCAGUAUUACUUGAGUAGGACAUCGGAUGUAAGCGUGAUGUCGACCGUCCGCACUCGUCUGCUGGUCGGCGCGACGUUGUCCGACAGCAGCGCGGUGGCGUGGUUCAGCAACUUCGCCUACCACGACGUCGCCACGUCGCUCGCCACGCUCCACGAAGCCAUACUCAAGGGCUUCAACCCAGAAUACAACCUGAGGGUCUUCAACCAUCCGCUGGACGUAAAUUAUAGGGAGGAUAACGACCUGCAAGUUAUGGUGACGCUGCUGUCGACGCAGGUGGCGUCCACCAUCGGCAACGCGCUGGCCAUCGUCAGCGCCGUCUUCAUCAUGUUCUACAUCAAGGAGCGAGUGACCCGCGCGAAGUUGCUGCAGAAGGCGGCGGGCAUCCAGCCGGUUGUGAUGUGGGGAGCCGCGGCGCUCUUCGACUGGGCGUGGUUCAUGCUGCUCUGCCUGCCCAUCCUCCUCUCCUGCCUCGCCUUUCAGGUGAUCGGAAUGAGCACUGGACCGGAGUUAGGUCGUCUGUUCCUGGCGCUGAUGGUGUACGGCGCGGCGAUGCUGCCGCUCAACUACCUGGUAUCCCUGCUGUUCAAAGGCCCGGCUAUAGGCUUCGUCGUUAUGUUCUUCGUUAACUCCUUGUUCGGUUUGAUGGGUGCUCAGAUAGUGGAGGUGUUGGCGAGUCUCAACGAGGACACGAGGAACGUGGCCACCAUCAUGGACUACAUACUGCAGUUCUUCCCCCUGUACAGUCUUGUUACCACUACCAGAUCGCUAAACACAGUGGGUCUAUCAGAGUAUAUGUGCAUGCAGUACUGCGACUACGUGGAGGUGUUGUUGCCAAACGCGGGAGAGUGUACUAUGGAGCUGCUAUGUGACACCAUCUCUGAAGUGUGCUGCUUGGACUCUAACCCAUACUUCAAGUGGGAGGAGCCGGGCAGCCUGCGGUACUUCACAUGCAUGCUGGCCUCCUGCGCCGCCUUCUGGAUGCUGCUGCUCACCUUCGAGUACAACUGGAUACAGAGGCUACUCUCGAAAGAGAAGAAGGCUCCACCUAUAGAUGCCAGUACUCUGGACGCCGACGUGGCUCAGGAGAUGGAGCACGUGCAGCGAGUGAACACCGCGACGUCAGAACACGUGCUACUCGCGCAGGGACUCACCAAGUACUAUGGGAAAAAUCUUGCAGUGGAUCAGAUUUCAUUCAGCGUGGGAGAAGCGGAGAUCUUCGGUCUGUUGGGUGUGAACGGCGCCGGUAAGACCACGACUUUCAAGAUGCUGAUGGGCGACGAGACCGUCUCCAGCGGCAACGCCUUCGUCAGCGGAUACUCCAUACGGAAGGACAUCACUAAAGUUCAUGAAAACAUUGGCUACUGUCCGCAGUUUGACGCGGUGUUCGGCGAGCUGACAGGUCGGGAGACGCUCCACCUGUUCUCGCGGUUCCGCGGCCUGCGCGACGCCAGCUCCGCGGUCAGAGCAGAGACGCUGGCUAACGCGCUGGGAUUCGCCAAGCACUUGGAUAAGAGGGUGGACCAAUACUCGGGCGGCAACCGUCGCAAGCUGUCCACAGCGGUAUCUCUGCUGGGCAGCACUCGGCUGGUAUUCGUGGACGAGCCAACUACGGGCGUGGACCCGGCGGCGAAGCGGCACGUGUGGCGCGCGGUGCGGGCGGCGCGGCGCGGCGGGCGCAGCGUCGUGCUGACGUCGCACAGCAUGGAGGAGUGCGAGGCGCUGUGCUCGCGACUCACCAUCAUGGUCAACGGACGAUUCAGCUGCCUCGGCUCCUCGCAGCAUUUGAAGAAUAAGUUCUCGCAAGGAUUUACAUUGACGGUUAAACUGAAAUUGCUUGAGAAUGCACGGAGACACUCGCUGGACCACAGCAGAAUAGAAGCCGUAAAGAAUUUCGUCGCUGAAAACUUCACUGAUCCGAAAUUAAUGGAAGAAUACGACGGCCUCCUGACCUUCUACCUACCCGACCGGACUAUGGCCUGGUCAAGGAUGUUCGGUGUCAUGGAGCGGGCCAAGCGCGAGCUGGACAUCGAGGACUACAGCAUCCUGCAGACCACGCUAGAACAGAUCUUCCUGCAGUUCACCAAGUACCAGAAAACUGCUAAGGUGUAUACGUAAAUGUAAAAUGGUCGCUGUUAAGCAUUUGUGUCCUAACCCACAGUUUUUUUUAAAGAAUUAA